UUAGACGAACUACAGAAAGUGGUAGUCCCGCGAACUACGCCCAUGUAUUGUAGACCUUGUUUCAAAACGAGUUACAAACUGCAGGAAUUCCCCUGCAAACCCUCGUCUUCCAAACCAAACUCAACUUCCCUCUUUCUCCAAAACUCAGGGGUUAGCAGUCAUGGGUUCGAUCGGUUUGAGAUUUUUCAAGUGUCUACGUCUGUCUUCUCAAUCGACAACCCGCCCUUUCUUUGCCGGCCUGCACAGAGGUUCACAGUUGUGGCUCUCAACCAUGUCAUUUGAUGAACGUGAAUCAAGCAAUGCAGAAGUAGAGGAUGAUGAAUUUAUUAGUAACAACAGAGAAUUAGAACCACAGGGUGUAGACCCUAAAAGGGGCUGGGGCUUCCGAGGGGUUCAUAAGGCAAUUAUUUGUGGCAAAAUUGGGCAAGCUCCCGUGCAGAAGAUCUUGAGGAAUGGGCGGACUGUGACCAUCUUUACCCUUGGAACGGGGGGUAUGUAUGACCAAAGAAUUGUAGGAGCAGAGAACUUACCAAAACCAGCUCAGUGGCACCGGAUUGUGGUGCAUAAUGAACAACUUGGGGCUUAUGCUGUUCAACAACUUGUAAAGAGCUCACCAGUUUUUGUUGAGGGGGACAUUGAAACUAGAGUCUAUAAUGACAGCAUCAAUGGCCAAAUUAAAAAUGUACCCGAGAUUUGUGUUCGUCGUGAUGGCAAGAUUCGUCUAAUAAAGACUGGCGAAAGCGUAGGCAGUAUAUCCCUGGCUGAACUAAGGGAUGGAUUAUUAUAAAAAGAGCUCAGCUACACAUUGUCUAGAGACUCAAAACAGCAGCAUCAUGGUGAAAAGAAUGUUAAAAGUUCAGUGACCCAAGAUUGCAUUUUGGUAGCAGUGAAGCAUUAAAUUUUGGUAAUGAAUUUGUUUCAUUUAGCCGCUCUGAUUUUUGUAACAUUUUGUUUGAUGUGGGUAACAUAAAUACAUUCCAAGGAGGCUUGGGUUAUCCUUGGGUCAUUCUAUCACAAGGAAGCUUUGAGAGCGUAUUUGCA